CUCUGUCUCUCAUCCAUAGCUUUAUCUAUAUAAUCCUCCAAUCUCUUCCUCUCACCCCUUCACACCCAGAAGAGAUAUCAGAGCAAUUCACCCAACCCAUCUUCAAAACCAGCCUCAAAACAAAUGCUCAUCUCGAUUCUUGAUCGAUACAUAUAUAGUUGAAGAAGAACGGGGCUGGAUUGUAGAGACACAGAGAGAAAGAAAGGAAAAAAAAAUUGUGAAUUCGAUCGGGGGUAAAACCCGGGUUGAGAAGUUGUAGACAUCACGGCUAUACAAAGAGAAUUGCGGCCACUCAUACAUGUCCGGGCUGUACGACGAAAGGGUUGUGUAGUUGAGAGCAACCCAUCGCCGCACGGCGGACGUGGCGCUCUGCCUUCCGAAGGCGGCAGCCCCUCCGACCUCCUCUUCCUUGCCGGCGGCGGCGCCACCACCGCAACCCGUUAGUUUAGGCCUAUAUUAGCUUGGAAUAAUUCUACUUAAUUGUAUAUUUAUUCAAAAGAUCUGUUGCUUGUUGCUAUAUAUUUAAUUUUCGCGCGAGCUGUUUGGUGUUUGUGUGUUUCUUGAAUUCAAGAUGAUGUUGAGGAUCAAGAGGGUUCCUACGGUUGUUUCGAAUUACCAGAAGGAAGAGGCGGAGGAAGGUGCUCGCCGCCCCGGAGGUGGUUGCGGCCGGAAUUGCCUCCAGAACUGUUGCAUUCUAGGAGCAAAGCUACCUCUGUAUGCUUUCAAGAGGGUGAACAAGAUUGUCGGUGAAAAGGGUCUAAUUGCCCAUGACUACAUAGAGCCUUCCAUUGCUUUCUUGGAUUCUCUUCUUCUUGGGGAGUGGGAGGAUCGUAUGCAGAGAGGGCUCUUUCGCUAUGAUGUCACCGCUUGCGAAACCAAGAUGAUGAUUUUUCAGGUAAUCCCGGGAGAGUAUGGAUUCAUUGCACAGCUGAAUGAGGGCAGACACCUUAAGAAGAGGCCAACUGAGUUUCGUGUUGACAAGGUCCUGCAGCCCUUUGAUGGGAACAAAUUCAACUUCACUAAAGUUGGACAGGAAGAGGUGCUUUUCCAGUUUGAAGCAAGUGAUGAAGACAAUGAAACCCAGUUCUUCCCAAACGCACCCAUUGAUGUUGUGAAUUCUCCAAGUGUCGUGGCCAUCAAUGUUAGUCCUAUUGAGUAUGGUCAUGUACUUUUGAUCCCUUGGAUUCUUGAAUGCCUGCCUCAGAGGAUUGACAGGGUGAGUUUCUUGCUUGCUCUUUACAUGGCAGCAGAAGCUGGAAACCCGUACUUCAGAUUGGGUUACAACAGCUUGGGUGCAUUUGCUACAAUCAACCACCUUCAUUUCCAGGCUUAUUACUUGGCUGUGCCCUUUCCAAUUGAGAAAGCUCCGAUUAGGGAGAUAACUACUUUGAAUGGUGGGGUGAAAAUCUCUGAGCUGUUAAAUUAUCCAGUCAGAGGUCUUGUUUUUGAGGGUGGAAAUACUCUGGAAGAUUUGUCCAAUGCUGUCUCGGAUUCCUGCAUUUGCCUUCAAGAUAACAACGUACCUUACAAUGUGCUAAUCUCUGAGUCUGGGAAACGGAUCUUCCUUGUACCACAGUGUUAUGCUGAGAAACAGGCUCUAGGAGAAGUGAGUUCUGAGCUUCUGGACACCCAAGUGAACCCGGCAGUGUGGGAAAUUAGCGGGCAUAUGGUUUUGAAGAGGAAGAAGGACUACGAGGAGGCAUCUGACAAAAAUGCUUGGAGGCUCCUUGCUGAGGUCUCCCUUUCCGAGGGGAGGUUCCAAGAAGUAAGUGCUUUGAUCUUUGAAUCCAUCACUUGCGUUGAUGAUGGAAAUGAAAGUGUUUCUCAGAGCUUCAUGGGGGAGCCAAAUGCCACACCUCAACCUCUUGAAGAAGUCGAUGACCUCGAUAAAUCAUCCUGCCAUGCUAUGGUGCCCGGGAAGCAAGAAUGCCUGGUUCUGCACUGAAGAUUUGGGCCUUCUGAAAGACGCAUCAAUGUUCGUGUGUAUGUUUCAAUUAAAUAUUGCAGUAUGCUAUGGGAGUGUUUAUAUAUCUAUGUGAAAUAUCAUCUCUCUAAAUAAGGCAAACUAGGUUUGCAUUGUUGUUGAAGUUGCUUCUGAUCUGUGAAUUUGCUUUGAUAUUCUGUUUGCUUGUCCAUUGUGGACAUAUAUGUAAAAUACUGUGUAUUUUGCUGUCAUGAGCUAUUGAAUCCCGCUUGAUUAGGACCCUAAA